AUGCUGCAGCUUCAUGUCAAGUUUCAUUAUCUUCUAGAUAAAGGCAAAUGGCACCAAGGAAAAAUUGGAGUUAAGUUUAAUGUUGGGACAGAUGACAUCGCCAUAGAAGAAUCCAAUGCAAUCAUUAAUGAUGGAAAAUACCAUGUAGUGCGUUUCACGAGGAGUGGAGGCAAUGCCACUUUACAGGUGGACAGCUGGCCAGUCAUCGAGCGCUACCCUGCAGGAAACAAUGAUAACGAGCGCCUGGCGAUUGCUAGACAGCGAAUUCCAUAUCGACUUGGUCGAGUAGUUGAUGAAUGGCUACUCGACAAAGGGCGUCAGCUCACAAUCUUCAAUAGCCAAGCAACCAUAAUAAUUGGCGGGAAAGAGCAGGGCCAGCCCUUCCAGGGCCAGCUCUCUGGGCUUUACUACAAUGGCUUGAAAGUUCUGAAUAUGGCAGCAGAGAAUGAUGCCAACAUCGCCAUAGUGGGGAAUGUGAGGCUGGUUGGUGAAGUGCCUUCCUCUAUGACAACUGAGUCAACAGCUACGGCCAUGCAGUCAGAGAUGUCCACCUCAAUCAUGGAGACCACCACAACCCUGGCUACCAGCACGGCAAGAAGAGGAAAGCCCCCUACAAAAGAGCCUGUCAGCCAGACCUCAGAUGAUAUCCUUGUGGCCUCAGCAGAGUGUCCCAGUGAUGAUGAGGAUAUUGACCCCUGUGAGCCGAGCUCAGCCAAUCCCACCCGAGUGGGUGGUCGCGAACCAUACCCAGGCUCCGCAGAGGUGAUCCGGGAGUCCAGCAGUACCACUGGCAUGGUGGUGGGGAUCGUCGCCGCUGCCGCCCUGUGCAUCCUCAUCCUCCUCUACGCCAUGUACAAGUACAGAAACCGGGAUGAAGGGUCAUACCACGUGGAUGAGAGUCGAAACUACAUCAGUAACUCAGCACAGUCCAAUGGGGCUGUGGUCAAGGAGAAACAGCCCAGCAGCGCCAAAAGCGCCAAUAAAAACAAGAAAAACAAGGAUAAAGAGUAUUAUGUCUGAUCCCAAGAUUCGAAAAAGACACUUGUAUAGAAAUAGUCUUCAUUUUAUCUGAGACAUAAUAUAAACUUAUUUACUUUCCUUUUUACGAAGCACAUACAAAAGAAGACAGGGAAUGCAAUCAGGAGGGAAAACUCUUUUUAAAAAAAAAAAAGAACAAGCAAACAAGUAUCUCAUGCUCUUGUUUCUCAAAAAAUAAAAACAAAAAAAAAUGAGAGAGAGAAGAAAGGAAGGAAAAAAUUCUAAAACAAACAACAAAAACACAGGGGCCAAUAAAUUCCCUAACAUCCUCAGUGUUUUCAUUUACUCUGCCUGUCUUUAUGUUGCUGGAACAUUCUAAAAGACGGUGAGGACCGCACGCAUUCAUAUAGCAAAGGAGUAUUACAUCGAGGCACAACACAAAACCAACACAAAACACACAUACACAAAGAAGCUACCUAUGAUCCUGGAUUCAGCCAAAGUGCUAGCGCUUUCCUGAGAAGUCAGUGGGUCGGAGUGCCAGAGGAGAACGUCCGUUUGUGGGACCAUCUGCAGAUCAUGAGGAGCUGGCCGUCUGGUGCGAUGGAGCAGGGGUUGGAACCUGCACUCGAGACAAAGUGCUGGCUUUUUUGAAGACUUGUGUAGGAAGGCAUUCAAAAAGCCCCUUCUGUUUGUGAGAGAAUAUAAAAUAAAAGUAUGGAGGCCUUAUUUUAAAAAAAAUGGGAAAUAUAAGGCACGUUUUCACACUAAACAAAAUGAGAGGGCAUAGAUGCAAUCAUUGGGAAUUUUCAUGCACGCUUACUAUGUUAUUACAUAUGUUUAUAUAAAACCCAUCUCUGUGUGCUUUCUGGACUGUGAUAAGUGACGUUUUAUAGCCUGUUGUAUAGAAAAUGCAAACAAUAUCUCUGCUCUUCAGCCAUUUUUGGUAAAUUCAAUGUUAUAAGUGUUGCUAAGUAUAGGCAGUUUUAAUGACAUCAGAGCAACAAUUAUUUCAGACCAAUUUUUUUGCCACCAUUAUAAAUUGCCACAAUUACUUACUUUUUUAAACAAAAAUUACAGUGUAGUGUUUAUUCUAAGAAAGAUAUGUAUGAAUGUAUAUAAAGAGACUCAACUACUUCUUUUCUUACAUGUAUAGCCUUCAUUCUGUUGCAUUAUUAAGUUUUAGUAUUUGUAUGAAAGGUGUGAAUUAGAAGGUAAAAUAUAUACCUACGUAUCAUAUAAUCCUUUCUCUCCCCCAAAUACUCAUAUUUCUAUAUAUGUUCAACAUACACAGACACACAGACAGACACAUACAUCCAUGCAGCCAUCAGAUAUGAUGGAACAACAGAACACACAAAUACUGACAAACUGAGAAGUACAGAAGAAGACAGUUGUGCCAAGGUAUUAUGACAAAUGAGUGAUUUGCUUCACUGAGAUCCUGACUCUAGGAAACCUCAAGUUUUCAGACCAUAGUAAAAUGGAACCCUGUUUUAGAUAAUAGACUAUCACCACACACUGCUGCAUAAAUAUGCAUCACUCUACAGGCAGGUUACGGAAGCAACGUCGGUGAAUUCUGGCUGCUGCAAUGGAAAACUUUGUUUCCCAUAAAAUUUGGUAUAGUCUCUGAACGUGAUGGCGCGUGAUCAAGCUUUAUGGAAAGUAAGCAUUUUCUCAACUAAAAAAGUAUUCUCAAUUUUUGAUUCUGUAUUACUACCCAUUAAAAUCAUUCUAUAUCUGUUGAUUACUGACUAAAUUUUAACUUUUAUGGUUUUACAUCUUUACCAUUAAUAUAGUUUUAGUUUAACAUACAUUGUGUAGUAGUAAAGUAUAGGUCAUACACUUGUUUUGCAUAUUCUUUCAAUGAUGUUCAUAGCAAUAAAUUAUCAAUGUGAGAGAAUAAUUCCAAGGCUGCAGGAUGAUGCUUCUGCAAAAAUUGGUUACAUGACAUAAACAUCUCCUAAAAGAAUGAUACUACGUUUCAUAAAUAAGAAGGAUACCAUUAUAAUCAGCUUUAAGCAGCAAGGCAAAAAAAUGCAAAACACUUUUUGUGAUACUUAGUUAAUGAAAAAUAUGCCAAGAAGUGGCCUGGAUUUCAGACAUAACAGUACCUUAAAAAUAUGUAUAUAUCAUAGCAAAUUACAAGGAACUACAGCUGCCAACUAAUUGUGUGAAGAAGUCUUGAAGGCUUUCCAUCACGUGGAAAACAGAUGGCAUAAAAAAAAAUUUAUCAUCCAUUACUUCUGUUCAUGUCUUCAUAUACUUUUAAUUUGCCAGGUUAAAAGAACUCGCAAGUCUUUUCCCCUAACCCUCUCAUCCAGUCUUACUCAGGGAAAGCCAGAGAAAUAAAAAGGAACAUAAAAUCACUAAUUUACAGCUUAAAGUAUAUAUAUAAUAUUGCUUUUCCAUUGUAUCUAUUUAACUCAAACAAGUUUCAUUUGAAAAGAUCCUAAAAGAUGAUGGAAAAAUAAAUUGAAUUGCAGUGUUUUCAAACCAUCUGUCUGGGAGGCUUGCUGUUCGUCAUUGAUUUCAGCGUUUCCUCCCAUCAUAAAUGUUAAAAUUUCACACGUUGAUAGAAACUAUAUUUAAUUUUAUUGACUUACACAAAAUCCAGCAGGUUUUCCCCCCAUGAAUGGAGAAGGACAGGAUAGGAUCAUGAGUCUUCUAAGGAAACAGACUUGAAUAAAAUCCAAGUAUCUUUCUAUUAAACAUAUCAGGGUCCGCGUGUCAUUGGUAACUCACAGAGGAUUCCGCACUACCUGGCAUAAACUGAUUACAUCUCUCGAUUGUAAUUUUUCUGAUUGAGUAUGCUUCUUUUUUAUCCAUGUAAUGUGUUGCCUUUAAAAAAAAAAAAACAAAAAACGAUGACUACACUAAUGUUUGAGGUGGUACGUCCCUAAGAUGUCAAGGAAAGGCCACUUUAAUCAUGCCCUUCUACUUCUUUGAGUGACUGGGUAUCUGAGGGAUUUGUUUUGUUUUGUUUUUCUGUUGCAAGGCCAAUUUAUCCAUUAUUGGAAAUGCUAAGCAAGUGGAAUUUACUGUUUUGUUAAUAAACUAUUUCUUAAUACAA